UGAGGUAUCCGCUUGCUUUACGGGAAAAGGCUGCUCCGGAACGGCCCUAUUUUAGACUUUUCAUGGUUCUGUACAAAGAAUCACCAAACAUAAAGCAGGAACCAAAUGGCAAAUCACGCUGCCAAGACAACUGUGUAAUUCGCUGGAAAAAGAAAUGGAGGCACGCUUGAUGGAAGUAAUAUUUGAAGAUAAAACUGACAGUGCAAUUUAAGAUGGUUCCAAGGGCAGAGAGCGGAAGCUAAGGGGCCCCAUCCUGUAAAUACUGGCACACAGACAAUGUACGUAAAAAUAUGCAAGAAUCAGAGGAAACCCACACAUCCAACCACCUAGAUGAAGUUGUUGCUGCUGUUAGCGUCACCCAUAGAGAGAAGUUCCAAAGCAAACUGCCUCAGGCAGCACUAUUCCAGCCUCCUCGAGAGAAACUCCACCUCUGUGAAGAGAAAGCAAAGUCCUAUUCCAGCAGUCAUGAAUACAAACAGGCUGUCCAUGAGCUUGUGCGUUGCGUAGCACUGACAAGAAUUUGCUAUGGAGACUCACAUUGGAAACUAGCAGAGGCACAUGUAAAUCUGGCUCAAGGCUACCUCCAGCUGAAAGGACUGUCACUGCAAGCGAAACAACAUGCAGAAAAAGCCAAACAAAUCCUUGCCAACUCCAUUGUGCCUCCCUACAACGACAGCACAGAUGUGUUCAAGUUUUCUGUUGAGCUUUUCCAUACCAUGGGGAGAGCUUUACUCUCCCUUCAAAAUUUUAAGGAAGCUUCAGAGAAUUUGACGAAAGCAAAGAGACUUUCAAAGGAGCUGCUACAAUGUGGAAGGAUUAUAAAGGAAGAAUGGAUAGAAAUUGAAGCACGGAUCAGAUUAUCAUUUGCACAAAUGUAUCAAGGUCAGAAGAAAUCAAAAGAAGCUUUGCCCCACUAUCAAGCAGCUUUCGAAUAUGUUGAGAUCAGUAAAGGUGAAAAAAGUCUUGAGUGUGUACCAGUAUUGAGAGAAUUAGCAGGUGUAGAGCAAGCCCUGGGACUCCAUGAUGCAUCCAUCAACCACUUCCUCCAGGCACAUCUCAUCAUCCUGAGUAGAAGCCCCUCUCAAGAGGAGGCAGCAGACUCCGCACACAUCGUCGCCCACGCUGCUGUCGCUUCAGGGAGACCCGAGCAUCACGAUGUAGCUGAGCAGUAUUUUCAAGAGAGCAUGGCUCAUCUAAAGGAUUCUGAAGGGAUUGGAAGAACCAAAUUGCUUUCAAUUCAAGAUGAAUUUUGCCAUUUUCUACAAAUGACUGGGCAAAAAAAGAGAGCAACCUCCAUCUUGAGAGAGUCCCUGGAAGCCAAAGUGGGAAUAUUUGGCGAUUUCAGUCCCGAGGUGGCAGAGGCAUACCGACUCCUGGGAGGAGCAGACCUGGCCGAGGGGAACCACAGUGGAGCCCACAAGAAACUGAAGAAGUGUCUCCAGAUCCAGACUUUCUUAUAUGGACCGCAGGACAGAAGGACUCUGGCCACCCAGCAGGCCAUGGGCAUCCUGUCCACGGCCCCCGAGACUGCUGUGAAGCCAAGGCAGGCAUCGAAAGGCAAAGUGGCCUUCUGUACCAGCGUCCCUCAAGACACCAUGCUGGGGAAGGCCCGGCCCAGCACAGCAGCAAACUGAGGCCCCCACCCUGAAAAAGCCUAGGACAUUCCUGGGCACUGCCAAUUAGGGUGCUGUACACAUCUGUCUCCACCUAGAAAAUGGAAUUCAACAGUCAGGAUACAGAUUUCCAAGGCCAACUGUUGGUUCCAACAUGCAACAGUGAGACCAGAAGCCUCCUGUGGGCCACCUUGUGAACAGUGGAUGCCCUUCAGGGUGAUACAUGCUAGAAAGCAUUUUUCUUUUAAUCACCUAAGUGUUUUUUCUUGCCAACAAGAAUUUUUACCCGUCAGCACUACUGUGGCUGAAACUUCUCUUCAAAAGUUCAGAGUGGCCUCUGCAGGAGUCAGCCUGGCAUCUACUGGUACACACAAAUCUUCAUGUAGGUCUGGAGUCAGAUCUGGAACACUGAAAUUCAGGAAGAAGCCCUUUCUUAUAGGAGGUUAACAGGGAUCAAGAAUAACAUGAGAAGAAAAUGCUAAUAAAGGGAAACUUGAA